CUCUCUCUCUCUCUCUCUCUCCGCUUUUGAGCGUCUCGGAAACGCCGCGCGACGAGAUGGAGUCGCCAUCGGCGGCGGCGGCUGCGGCGGCGGCCGGCGGGGCGCACUCGCUCGCGCCGAAGCUGCGGCUCAUGUGCAGCUACGGCGGCCACAUCGUCCCCCGCCCGCACGACAAGGCCCUCUGCUACGUCGGCGGCGACACCCGGAUCGUCGUCGUCGGCGACCGCCAGCUGUCCUCCCUCGCCUCGCUCACGUCCCACCUCGCCAAGACGCUGCUCGACGGCCGCCCCUUCGUCCUCAAGUACCAGCUCCCCAACGAGGACCUCGACGCCCUCGUCACCGUGUCCACCGACGAGGACCUCGACAACAUGAUCGAGGAGUCGGUGAGCUCCUCCCUCAAGCACCCCCGCACCAGGCUCUUCCUCUUCCCGUCGCCGUCGGCGGCGCCGGAGUCGUCGCGGUCGAUCGGCCGCCUCCUCGAGGCCUCCGGGACGUCGGAGCACUGGUUCGUGGACGCUUUGAAUGGCGCCGGUGCCGCUGGGCCGAACAAGGGGUUCUCGGAUUCUGCUCUGGUCAAUUGCUUGUUAGGGCUUGAUGAUGGUGAGUCCGGAUUGGAGAAGACGGCGAAGCAACCGCAGGAGGUGCAAUCCGUUCCGGAUUCGCCGAUGCUGGCGACGUCGUCGUCUUUCGGUUCCUCCUCCACUGCAUCGUCGCACUCUGUGGUUAAUUCGCCGCCGAUACGGGUCCAAUCAGAGUCGGAGGUGGCGCGGGAUGAGAAGUUGGGGAUUGAGGAGCAGUUUGCGCUUAUGGGGGUUGGAUUUGGCGUUGGCCCAAAGCAAGACAAUGGUUCCGUAUCAAGUUCAGCGCCUCUAACGCCUGCAACUUACGCCGAUUGCAUGCACCGCGUUUUCUCUGAUGACGAGAGAUCGGACCAUGGUACGCCGGUGAAUUCUCAGAAGUUGGGGAUGCAGCAGCCUCAGCUGCAGUCGGUACCGCAGAAUGUACUUCUGAAGUCGCAGCAAAGUAGUGGACUAAAUUCGCCUUUGUCCGAUUCGCUAUCUAGCGAGAGUAAUUGGACAAACACGGUGUUCUUCCCAAAUCCUGUAAAUUAUCAAGAGUUGAUUGCACAAAUGCCUCCUGCAACCAAAAGGAACCCUUCUAAUCAGGACGAUCAAAAGGUCAAUACAUCUGAUCUGAUCAGUCAGGUUCAUUUAAGACAACAAAUUGCUGAUGCCCAUCACUCGUUUCCCUCUCAAUCUGAUCAACGACAGCCUGAACACCAUCCACCACUGCCACAGCAGCAAUUUGUACAAGCUGCUUCGAAUUUUAUUCCCCUUCAAUCCACUGGAGCGGCUCAAUUAACUGCCUAUUAUUCUCAAUAUCCUCCUUCACAUCAAAAUUGCCAAUAUUAUCACACUCAGCCAAAUCAGCAGUUUCAGUGUACUAUGUCAGAGCAGGGCAUGAUGUGGCUAUGCAGCAACCUAAUAUAAGUGAAGCUUCCACUGCUGCAGCUGUACCUUCUAGCCAACCACAAAUGCCUCAUAACCUUGUAAGAGAUUCUUCAGUUGCUAAACCUCACCAACAGUUUGCUGGUUACUCUCAAGUUCAUCAUCAAUCUCGGUCAUUUGUGGCUCCAGCCACUUAUGGUUCUGAAUAUGCGGAUCCCACCACUGCGUGGAAGUACGGUGGUCAACCCAUGGUACCGAUGAUGUAUUCUCAUUAUCAGCCAACCGUGGGAUCCAAUAACUUGAUGUUUUCAGAAGGUUCGACUCAGCACGCUAGUGACCAGAUCAGGCAGCAGAUGCAAGUGUCAAAGCCAUUCUAGUCCACUUGCCUUGGUGGAAUGGGUUUGUUGUGUAUUCUUAAAUGAUCUGCCCUACUCUCUGCUCCUUUGUCGUCUUUUAUAUAUUUUUGAUAUUGGUAAUGAGGAGAUGAAUUCUUCUGUGUCCUUUGUAUGUCUUAUAGUCUGAUAUCAUCAUGAGUGAUGAAGUUGGUCGAAAGAGCAUAUUGUGCAAACUGCUAAACUUGAGUUGUACUAUGGGGGGUUUACAGUUUAUAUGUAUAGUCAUCGCAUCUGUACAGUAUUUUUCAAUCUAUGUGUGCAUGUUGUCUAUCUCAAUAUUAUAGUCUUAAUGCUUGAAAAUUA